UGCUCAAUUCGAUCCCCAGUCCUCGUUCCCCCUUCCGCUCAGUUCCCAAACCCCUUUCCUGGCAACCAUGGAGAGCCGCACGCGGCGAUUCCUCCUCUUCUAACGGCGGCCGGCGGACGGUGGAAGCGGGCGGAGGCGGUUUUGCUUCGCCGCAUCUUGCCUGCUCUCUUCUCCUCCUCCUCCUUCGUUUCCCAGCUUUUUUAUCCCUGUCCAUCGUCUCCUCUCGUCCGUACAAGUCGACGGCGCCUUCUCUCCUCCUCUUUCUGCCCGUACCAUCAAACUUGUGAAACCCAACCCGAAGAAAGUUGAAAGCGCUCAUGUUGUCGUCUCAAUCGAGAUGAAGAUCACCCAGAGACCAGCGUCUUCGAAUAAUCUGACACCAAAUAUUUGAAUUGCAGAUUCUUUGUUACUCUUGAUGGUAGAUCUUUUGUAAUCCCGUAAGAGCUCAGAAAGAAGUCGACGAGACAAACCCUAACACCUGGAACGCCAAGAUCGACCCAAUUGGUGUUCCGGGAGGAAAUGGCACUCUCAAGUUGAAGAAGAAGCAACAACAAAGUUGCAAGGAAUGGCUGCUUCUAGUCCCUCUGCAAUCAAAGCUGGUUAUUGGCCAACGUGGACCUUCUCCUACUCUCCGCCCUCCUCUAUCGACCUCUCCUACUUCACCCACGUCUUCUACGCCUUCGUCCAAGUCGAUCCCACCACCUCCGAGCUCGUCAUCACCCCCGACGGCGACCGCAUGCUGAGAAACUUCGCCGCUGCCAUCCACGCCCACGACCCGCCCGUCAUGGCCUUGAUCUCCAUCGGCGGCGGCGGUAGCCACUCCGCCUUCGCCCCGCUCGCCGCCGACCCCGCCGCCCGCUCCGCCUUCAUCCACUCCACCGUCGCCUUCGCCCGCGAGUACGACAUCGACGGCUUCGACCUCGACUGGGAGUUCCCCAAGGACGACAAGGAGAUGGCCGACCUCGGGGAGCUGCUGCUCGAGUGGCGCGCCGCAGUGGAGAGCGAGGCCGUAACCACCGGCCGGCCGCGCCUCCUCCUGACGUCGGCCGUGUACUUUGCUCCCCACUUCUUUCUCAGCAGCGGUCGGCGGUCGUACCCGAUCGACCGGAUGGCCGCGGGGCUCGACUGGAUCAACGCGAUGUGCUACGACUUACACGGCUCCUGGGAGACGUCGGCUACUGGCGAGCACGCGGCACUGUACGAUCCCAGCAGCAACGUGAGCACGAGCUACGGGCUGGAGUCGUGGGUGGCCGCCGGGAUGCCGCGGGAGAAGGUGGCAAUGGGCAUGCCGCUAUACGGCAAGACGUGGCUUCUGAAGGACCCGGAGCAGCACGGAGUUGGCGCGCCGACGGUCGGCGUGGGCCCGGGGAAGGACGGGGUGCUCGUGUACGCCAAGGUGGAGGAGUUCAACAGGGAGAAGGGGGCGACGGUGGUGCACGACGAGGCGAUGGUGGCAGCGUACUCCUACGCGGGGAGGACGUGGAUCGGCUACGACGAAUCGUGGUCGGUGACGAGGAAGGUGGAGUACGCGCGGCGGCUGGGCCUCGGCGGGUACUUCUUUUGGGCGAUCGGGUACGACGACGAGUGGCGCGUCUCGAGAGCAGGUAAUGGAACGAUCGUAAUACAUAGAGAUGGCAAAGGACGACGCAAGCUGACCGAGUUGACUUUGUUUGACUUGGCAGCCUGGAGUGCGUGGGGACAUUGAGGGAUCCACGGAAGACUAGAUCACGGUGGGAGCAGUAGAAUCUUAUGUUACAGAUGUUGGCGUGCGGUUUGAUUAGUAGGCUGGUAUACGUGUAUGUUAUUUUCUUCGGUGGCUGUGUAUGUUCAAGUUGGUACGCUCAAAUAGACGUUUCGUUCGCAU